UCAUCAUUCUCCAGGGAGAAUAUUCACUAAACACCCGACUUUUGAUUAUAUGUCUACAAACUUCAGAAAUGAUUCGAAUCAACAACACCCAAUACUUCCACUUCCUGCAGCAGGCAGAUGCCUUACGUCACUCAGGGUCACUCUGUGAUGCCAUCAUCUCGGUAAAGAGUCAAACUUUCAGGGCUCAUCGGCUAGUACUGGCUUGUGCUAGCAGAAGGCUAGCACAGCAGCUAGCCCAAGGAGACAUAGACAGUCCAGUUCAUUGCACUCUGGAGUAUUUCUCACCCCACACCUUCCAGCAAGUUCUAGACUUUACCUACACAGAGACUCUUGAGGUGUCUGUGGAUGACCUGCGCCUGCUGCUAAGAGCUGCUCAGCUGCUGGAGAUGCAACUGCUGGAGGACCAAUGCCAAAAGCAGCUGGAUCAUCUCCACUGCAGAGCCAGAGAGGAGAGCAAAAGAAGAGAAAUCACAGAUGUCAAAGAAGAAAAUGAAAGUGCAGAGGAGACGGAUCAAAAGCAAAAAGGAAGGCGAGUUCGAGAGCAGAAACUCCGAGAGACUUCUCCCCCAGUGGAGGAAGAAGACGACAGCAGUGUCAUGGACAACCUUUCUUCCUCUGAUCCUGCUAAGAACCGCAACAGUCCGCCACCCCCAAGAAAGAAGUCCAGACUGUCCCCUGUGUCUGCAACACCCUACAACAGAGACAGUGUCAUUACAAGGCCUGCCAGCAGCAGUUCGUCUUUCUCUUCCCCCUGGACCUUCCCUUCAAACAUGUGGAACUCUGUAAGCACCCUGAGGCGGAUAGCAGAGAACUACUCAAACUUAGUUGCAGCACACCCCCUUCAGGUCCCAAACCAGUCCUCUGUAGCAUACCCAUUCUCCCUCUCAACUCCCCACAUGUUCCCCCUACUUAGCUCCCAUUUUCCAAGCUCUGUAAUGAGCUACACAGGCAUUCAUCCACGUUAUACACAAAACUUUUACGCUGAUUCUACGGGGAUGGGGAGCAUACUCAAGCAAGGGCUGUUAAAAAGAAAAAAACCCAGCCAGAGAGCAUUUACUGGGACCGUUCAAACCAGUGAACCGAGUAACCAUGAUGUACCCAAAGACAGCACAGAGAGAGUUAAAGACUGCCAACACUGCAGUCCAACCCUUCUUGCUGAUCCAGUGCUGCCGGAGUCAGCCUCCACACCAUCAGGUGAUGCCCGUGCAGGGUGUCGGUGCUGCGGAAAAGGAGAUGCUGUGCAGCAAGAACCUAAUUCCCAUCGACAAGAACACAGAGGAGAAAAACCCUACCAGUGCCAAUACUGUCCAAAGAAGUUUAGUCUGAAACAUCAACUGGACACACACCACCGAGUUCACACCGGAGAGAAACCCUUUGAGUGCCGUCUCUGUGGUCAGCGAUCACGGGACUACUCAGCCAUGAUCAAGCACCUGCGGACUCAUGGCGGGGCAGCGCCCUACCAGUGCACGGUGUGUCUGGAGUUCUGCAGCAGCCUGGUCACCAUGCAGAGACACCUCAAGUGCCACGCAGUGCAGGACUUCCCACCUGACUGGAGCAUCAACAGCACCUACCUGUACAACUCACACAUCUGAGCCAGGCCUCACAACACAGGCACUUUUGUCUACACAAAGUUGUCAUGAGUGUAGCUUUUAAUUUGUGCCUCUCAUGUACUAUCCUUACAUUUGAGUCACAGAGCUAAGCAUCUGUUUUCUGAAGGAUAAAUCCCUGUUGAUGUUGAAACCAAGAACGUCCUUUAACAUCACUUACUUAUAUAUAUAUAUGUGUGUGUGUGUGUGUGUGUGUGUGUGUGUGUGUGUGUGAGAGAGAGAGGCACAAACUGGGGCUAUAUGUUGCAAUAACUUCUAUACAAACUGAAACUGCUCUGUAUUCACAUUUACAACUAUAGAACAGGGACAGUGAAACUUAAAGUAUUCACAUUAGGUCAUGUACGUGCAUUAAAGCCACAUCAACAGCUCACCCUCAUCAAAUGAGGUAGGUAUCUUCCUUCUUACUUUCAUAAUUAUUGGACUGCUUAUGUAAACUUUUUAAGUUCGACCUAGGUUUAUAGCGCCCUCAUGAGGGAAACCACUGUAACCUUUUUUUCUGUCGUAGUGCUCAAAAAUGCAUCACUAUGUCAAAAGUGGCUGAAAUUCUAGGUUUAAAGCCGAACAAAAGAUGUUUUUUUGUGCAGGAACAUAUAAACAGUAUACAUUCAUUGAUCCAGAUUCAUUGUCUGAAAUGACAUGUAUCUAUUUCAUCCUUAAAACUCGGACUUUGUUCUGCUCCUUUGUUAUUUUACUCCCAGAGAAAAGCAGAAAGAGAAGCAUGGCUCAGUUUUCUCCAGUUUUAGCCAACACAGGGUUGUGACAGCAUGGACUGUAUUCAAUCAACACUGACAAUAAGGAAUGUUGUGGGAAAUUAAAAAAUGUUAUUGGAAAACCCUUUAUUCUGCUCUGGUUAAUUGAGAUGAGAAUAACAGAGCUUUUGCAGCCAGUUAUGUCUGUGUAGCUAGUGACAAACAAUAACCCAGCAUUUUCUUAUUUUGUAAUUCUUCCAUUGGUGGAUUUUCUGCAUUAUCAGUCACUGAUGCUGGGCGGCUUAACUGACUGGUUGCAGUUUAAAGGCAUGGAUAUACUGAGUAAAUGUGUCUCAAAGUUAAACAACAAGUGCUAUUUAGCAUCUGUCAUACCUCUAAAAGCACCACACCAAUUAAAAGACUGUGAAGUUGUCCCAUGUGUCCUCAAAUGUAUGUAUUCACAAGGCCUAUGUUACCAUACAAAUAGCUUUCUAGAGGGAGCUUUCAGUCCUGUUUCCACUGAAAGCUAUUUGUUCAUUUGUACAGCAUUACCCUAAUGUUUAUGCGAUAGAAAAUGCAUGUUUAACACAUUUUUCAUUUAUAGACUUUAAUGGAUGAAUAUACCAUGUUUUAGACUACCAAUGCAUCAAUAAACAAGUGUAUACACAGCA